AGGACUGCCUGGUGCAUAAACAUGCAGAACUACACUUCCGUGUCAGAGUUCAUAUUGCUGGGAAUUCCUAACACUGGAGGGCUGGAGAACUUGCUAUUCAUCCUGUUUUUGAUGUUCUAUCUUUUCACUUUACUGGGAAACCUGCUCAUCUUCCUCACCAUUCUGGUUUCUUCCAACCUCCACACCCCCAUGUAUUUCUUCCUGGGCAACCUGUCAGUGUUUGACAUAUUUUUCCCUUCAGUGAGUUCCCCCAAAAUGAUGCUCUACCUAAUGGGCCAAAGCCAGACCAUCUCUUACCAGGGCUGUGCCUCCCAGCUCUUCUUUUACCACUUCCUGGGUGGUACCGAGUGUUUCCUAUACACUGUGAUGGCCUAUGACCGCUUUGUGGCUAUUUGUCAUCCUUUGCGAUACAUGGUUAUCAUGAACCCUAGAGUGUGUACCACCUUGACAGUGGGCUCUUGGCUGGGUGGCUGCCUACAUGGAAGUAUCCUCACAUUUCUUGUCUUUAAGUUACCCUACUGUGGCCCCAAUGAGGUGGGCAAUUUCUUCUGUGACAUCCCAGAGGUGCUACCCCUGGCCUGUGCAGACACCUCUCUAGCUCAGAUGGUAAGCUUCACUAACGUGGAUUUUGUGACUCUUACAUGUCUUAUCCUUAUUUUUACUUCCUAUGGUUGCAUCAUCCUUUCCAUUUUCAAAAUCAGAUCCUCCGAAGGCAGGCGCCGAGCUUUUUCAACCUGCAGUGCCCACCUGAUUUCAAUCAUCUUGUUCUAUGGGCCUGUGAUGCUCAUCUAUCUUUGGCCUGACUCCAGCCACUGGUCAGACUCUGUUAUCCAAGUGUUAAAUAAUAUUGUCACCCCUUCCCUUAAUCCUUUGAUUUACACCUUGAGAAACAAGGAUGUGAAGCUGGCUCUGAGGAAAGUAUUAACUUAA